AUGAAGGAGCAGGCUGGAUACACUGAUGGAACAAACAAGUUAUGGUCUAGGCAUAGAGUAGGUAUAAUGAAGGAGCAGGCUGGAUACACUGAUGGAACAAACAAGUUAUGGUCAAGGCAUAGAGUAGGUAUAAUGAAGGAGCAGACUGGAUACACUGAUGGAACAAACAAGUUAUGGUCUAGGCAUAGAGUAGGUAUAAUGAAGGAGCAGGCUGGAUACACUGAUGGAACAAACACAUUAUGGUCUAGGCAUAGAGUAGGUAUAAUGAAGGAGCAGGCUGGAUACACUGAUGGAACAAACAAGUUAUGGUCUAGGCAUAGAGUAGGUAUAAUGAAGGAGCAGACUGGAUACACUGAUGGAACAAACAAGUUAUGGUCUAGGCAUAGAGUAGGUAUAACGAAGGAGCAGACUGGAUACACUGAUGGAACAAACAAGUUAUGGUCUAGGCAUAGAGUAGGUAUAAUGAAGGAGCAGACUGGAUACACUGAUGGAACAAACAAGUAA